CCUCCGGUGGACUGGAAGCCGGAAGUGGCUGUGGGCGUCGCGCGCGUGACGUCACGGAGGCGCGGGCCGCGUAGGGCGGGGGAGGAGGCGGAGCGAGCGGGGCCGGAGGGGCGGCUGCUUAGUCUCCGCGGUCUCCGGGCCUGGAGGGGGGGUCUGCGCGCGCCCGGCUGGCUCUGCCCCCUCCUCUCUGUCCGGUCCCGAGCGGGGCCUCUCCUGGGCCAGCCUGAUGUGACGGGACCCAGCGAAGCCUGAGCAAGCAGCGGGCCCGUGUGCGGAGCCGGAGGGCGGGAGGAACAUGACAUCGCGGAGAUGGUUUCACCCCAACAUCACUGGCGUGGAGGCAGAAAACCUUCUGUUGACAAGAGGAGUUGAUGGCAGUUUUUUGGCCCGACCCAGCAAAAGCAACCCUGGAGACUUCACACUCUCGGUGAGAAGGAAUGGCGCCGUCACCCACAUCAAGAUCCAGAACACCGGUGACUACUAUGACCUGUACGGAGGGGAGAAGUUUGCCACGUUGGCUGAGCUGGUCCAGUAUUACAUGGAACACCACGGGCAGUUGAAAGAGAAGAAUGGAGACGUGAUUGAGCUCAAGUACCCUCUGAACUGCGCAGAUCCUACCUCUGAAAGGUGGUUCCACGGACACCUGUCUGGGAAAGAAGCAGAGAAGCUGUUGACAGAGAAAGGCAAGCAUGGCAGCUUCCUUGUGCGCGAGAGCCAGAGCCACCCCGGGGACUUUGUCCUGUCCGUCCGCACUGGCGACGACAAGGGGGAGAGCAGCGACGGCAAGUCCAAAGUCACCCACGUCAUGAUCCGCUGUCAGGAGCUGAAAUACGACGUUGGUGGGGGAGAGCGGUUUGAUUCCCUGACCGAUCUCGUGGAGCAUUACAAGAAGAACCCGAUGGUCGAGACGUUGGGCACCGUCCUGCAGCUCAAGCAGCCCCUCAACACCACACGGAUCAAUGCUGCUGAGAUUGAGAGCCGGGUCAGAGAACUGAGCAAAUUAGCCGAGACCACAGAUAAAGUCAAGCAAGGCUUUUGGGAAGAAUUCGAGACGCUUCAGCAGCAGGAGUGCAAACUCCUCUACAGCCGGAAAGAGGGGCAGCGGCAAGAAAAUAAGAACAAAAAUCGAUAUAAAAACAUCCUGCCUUUUGACCACACCAGGGUUGUGCUCCACGACGGUGACCCCAAUGAGCCCGUUUCAGAUUACAUCAAUGCCAAUAUUAUAAUGCCUGAAUUUGAAACCAAGUGCAACACUGCAAAACCCAAGAAGAGUUACAUCGCCACCCAGGGCUGCCUGCAGAACACGGUCAACGACUUCUGGCGCAUGGUCUUCCAGGAGAACUCCCGUGUGAUUGUCAUGACCACCAAGGAGGUGGAGCGGGGCAAGAGUAAGUGUGUCAAGUACUGGCCUGAUGAGUACGCGCUCAAGGAGUACGGGGUCAUGCGUGUGAGGAACGUCAAAGAAAGCGCCGCCCACGACUACACACUAAGAGAACUGAAACUCUCGAAGGUUGGACAAGGGAAUACGGAGAGAACGGUCUGGCAGUACCACUUUCGGACCUGGCCAGACCACGGCGUGCCCAGCGACCCCGGCGGCGUGCUGGACUUCCUGGAGGAGGUGCACCACAAGCAGGAGAACAUCGUGGAGGCCGGGCCCGUGGUGGUCCACUGCAGCGCUGGGAUUGGCCGGACAGGGACGUUCAUCGUGAUCGAUAUCCUCAUUGACAUCAUCAGAGAAAAAGGUGUCGACUGCGACAUUGAUGUCCCCAAAACCAUCCAGAUGGUGCGGUCCCAGAGGUCAGGGAUGGUCCAGACAGAAGCACAGUACCGGUUCAUCUACAUGGCUGUCCAGCAUUAUAUCGAAACACUACAGCGGAGGAUCGAGGAAGAGCAGAAAAGCAAGAGGAAAGGGCAUGAGUAUACAAACAUCAAGUAUUCCCUAGCGGACCAGGGUAGUGGUGACCAGAGUCCCCUGCUGCCUUGCACCCCGACGCCGUCCUGUACAGAAAUGAGAGAAGAUAAUGCUAGAGUCUAUGAGAACGUGGGUCUGAUGCAGCAGCAGAAGAGUUUCAGAUGAGACAGCCUGUUGCAACGUCAGCACCGAAGUAG